UCCAUAAGCACGACAGAGAUCAUUUUUCACUUACUUAGAUUUUAUUUAUUUAUUUACAAAAUAAUAAGUUACAAUUUAACAUUGCUUGAUCUCCUUUUUGUGUAAACACGACCAGGUUGCUUGUUUUUCUCGCGCGAUCUGGCAACACCGAUCAGCACCUCACUGCAACUGAACAGCGACCAUAUAAGCACAUGUCUGCGUUAAGAUGCUCUGCUGUUUUUCAUUGGAGGAAUAUAUUUAAAAAUCACUGCGCUAUAUAAUGUUGCAGGCGCUGUGUUUAUUAUUAUUACUACCAUCAUCUUUGUGUUCUCCGUAGAUUUGCACAGGGUGUCUUCGCUAUGGAUGUAAGGGAUGGAAACGCACAAAGGAAAAACACACAAUUAGUCCAGUGAUGCCCAUGACAGGAAUUGCGUUUUUAAACGUAGCACAACCGAGCCAAGUUUGCAUUGUAAAUCAGAUGCACUGAAUCCCUCCUUGGUUGGAUCCGUCUGUGUGUCGCUUCCCCCUUUUCAGAAGGAGCCGCAUCAACAAAAUGUUGGGUAGGUCGUUCACCUGGAGGAAAUAUAACCAGCAUACACUCUCUAUGCAGCACCGGCUCCCUCUUCAGCACUGACAUGCCCGAGCCCAGCAGAAAAACCAGGAUCAAAGGGCUCAGAGCUACAGCCGGACGCGUGCAGUGGAAGGAGGACGGGAAACAGGCACACACCGGGUGUCCGAUUCGGUGGAGGCCGAAUCACAUCUGCUGGGGACGAGCAUCAAGGGCAGUGCGGAACUCCAGCGCUUCAGGAACAGGCGACACGGAUCAUCCUCACACCCUCAGCUCCACAACACCGCUGUGUUCCCGUUACACUUCUUCGUCUGUCUCAAAGAUGUACUAGAACAACACACCGGCGCUCUGAAAUGCAACAAAACAGUCUAGCAGUCAUGCUUUUUAUUGUUUUCACCAAGAGGAUUUAUCAACAAUAUAUUGAGUUGGAAAUGAAAAGGAGGAUCUGUCAGCGUUUCAAGGGAUGUAAAAAGUGCCAAUGAAUAUAUUGCUUAAAUAUAUCCUCUUUUUUCUGUCAUUGGCCACACUGACACCCCUAAUAAGCAGGACCAUGGGUUGCAUUCAGAGCAUCGCCUGCAAGCCCCGCAUCCGACGGGAGAACAUAGUGGUCUAUGAGGUCUCAGCCUCCAUUGACCAAUGCCCAACCAUCAUUGAGGAGAAUUCGCCCAUUGUCCUGCGAUACAAGACCCCGUACUUCAGAGCAUCGGCCGGGAUCGUGAUGCCCCCGGUCCCCCGAAACGAAACAUGGACUGUGGGCUGGAUUCAGGCGUGCACCCAAAUGGAGUUCUUCAAUACAUAUGGUGAUAUUGGCAUGUCCAGCUGGGAAUUACCUGAACUUCGAGAAGGACGGGUUAAGGCCAUAAGUGAUUCUGACGGCGUCAGUUAUCCCUGGUACGGUAACACCACCGAAACAGUGACCCUCUCAGGCCCCACGUCCAAGCCGUCCCGGUUAACGGUGAGCAUGAACGACAACUUCUACCCCAGCGUGACUUGGGCGGUGCCCAUCAGCAACAGCAACACGCCCAUGCUCACGCACAUCACCCGAGACCAGAGCUUCAUCACCUGGCUGGUGGCACUAAACGCAGACACCAAAGAGCGUAUUGUUCUUCAGACGGUGCGCUGGCGUAUGCGUGUAGACAUUGAGGUGGAUCCUUCCAUGCCACUUGGUUCUCGUGCCAAACUGAUGGGACGACCGCACCAGGAACAGCCGCACAUUCUCAGCAACAAUGAACCCAUCCCGCCUAAUGCGCUGGGCAGGCCCAAUGCCAAUGAUGCCCAGGUGCUGAUGUGGAGGCCCAGGAGAGGACAACCUCUGGUGGUGAUACCACCCAAAUAGGGUUGUCUUAACAGUGCCUAUGGGACAUUGAAGACUGCGUGCACUGUUUGGACACUGGAUUUUGGGAUAGCCCUGUGGAUUCCCAGUUUUGUUGGGUUUCUAAAUUCCUCUGAACUAGACUGUCGAGAAGAGAAUUCUCUGCGUGCACCAUUUAAUUUGACUAUCUUAAACUUCAAAGUACUUGGUUAGCAAAUGACCAGGAGUAACUAGUACUAAAUAUGCCGGUUUGAAUAAACCCCCAAAAUUUAAGGAACUGUUCACCGGAAAUAUGAAAAAUUGUUACAAACUCGUAAGGUUUUCUUUUCUUCUGCAGAACACAAAAGAAGAUAUUUUUGUCUAUACGAUGAAAGCCAAUGGGGCCCAAAAAUGUAAGUCUUUGAAUAUGACAUAAAUGUAGCAUAACAUUAAUCAGUACAACCCGAAUGGUAUAUUUCAAGUUCUCUGAAGCAAGAUGAUCAUUUUGAAUGAAAAUUCAGGCCUUUAUUCCCUCUCAAAUAGAAUCAUUGAUCAAUACAUUCAAACGCAGACUACAUAAAAUAUGGUGAAUGUCAUUAUCAUAAUAUGGAUAAAAUAGCUCAGUGCAUUCUUCAUUAUAUCUUCAUUUGUGUUCCACAGAAGAAAGUAAGUCGAACAGUUUUAGAACAACAUUAGGCUGAGUAAAUGAUGACAUAUUUGUUCAUUUUUAGUGAACUAUCCCUUUAAGAAAACACUGAUAAUAUUUUUACAAUUAUACAUUUGUUUGUUUUUUGCAACAAGGCCCUAAACUUUCAGGACGCAUGUUAUAUAAUGCAAGAAAAAGAUUGAAUGUCUGGUCCCAUGCAACACAAAGUGAAUCCAGUGGCGUCCAAAGAACCAAGAGAGGUCACCGCAGAACCACCAGGGAAUCUUUUGCUUUGUAGGACAACCAGCAAAACUCUUUAAAACUUAUAUCAGUCGAUUGAGACUUGUGACUUCAUUUCUAAUGCUAGCAAAUAUCUUUUACCUGCUGUAAGAUGAAAAAGACCACAGAGUGCAUGAAGACAUCCGCCAGUUAAGUGUAUAUGGUUAAAUCGAGGAUGCUGUGGGGCCAUUCAUCCAGUCAGACACAUCCUGGCAACGGCGAGUCGAUAGGAGUUUGUUUAUGAGUCCGUUUGAGUUUAAGCAGUGGGUGCUGCACCAUAGGCAUUCACCAGAUUAGUCACAUGCCAUACAUGCUCCAUCUGUGCCAUUCCACAUCCCCGUCUCCCUUUCUGUAUUCUCAAGCUGUCUCACUCCGUCCUCUCCCACUGAGACUCCUUGGGUCAUUAUGACACAGAGGAAAUUGAGUUUCCAUUACAAAUGUCAGGUUUACCUUUCAAGGGAUAAAAAGUAAACCUGAAAAUGAAAAUUCUGUGCUUAUUUACCCAUCUUUGUGUCGUUCGAAAUCUGCAUGACUUUUUUCUUAUUUGGGACACAGAAGAUAUUUUGAAAAAUGCUUCUAUUUUUGCCCAUGCAGUGAAUGGUAAUAGGGUUCAAAACAACACUGCACCUCAGUGACUUUCAUUUUAUGUACCGAAAAAAAAAAAAUCUUCAAAAUACCUUCUUUUGUGUUUUACAGAAAAAAACAGAAGUCAUACAGGUUUGGGAUAGCAUGAAGGUGAGUAAAUGAUGACAGAAUUUUCAUUUUUGGCUGAACUAUCUCUUCUAAGGUCAGUGGUACUUAAUGUAGCACUUAGCCAACAUUACAAACAUCCUCGUGAAUUUCACAACAUUUUUGAUUAGGGUGACACAAUUACUGACUUUAUAUGGAAACUGGCCAAAAGUUUAAAAUUAUUUUUGAUCUUUCAAAAUAAUGCUUUUGCUAAUAGAGUGUCACAAAAAUUACAUACAGGGCUUUUUAAAUACAAACAAUGGAAUAAUAACAAAAAUUUAUAAUAAAAUAAAUUGCAGUCU